AUGAACCAAUAUGGUUACAUGGCCCUUAUGGACGACUACAUGUUUCUGGAGGAUAUGGGCAGGAAAGUCGGAGACUGGGGCCGUGAAAUUGUGCACGGCGGGUACACAACCGGCGUGGAAGGCGCGCGGCGGGGAAGAGGAGGAAUGGAUGGGAGGGGCAGAGGAAGGGUCAGAGGGCGCGGUAGAGGAGGAUCGGGAGCACACACAAGGACGAAACGGGAUGUCCUAAAGAUGCAGCUCGACUUUCGGGAUAUUGAGAUAGAGAUGCUCCCGAAUGGGAUGGAGAGACGGACACUGAACCAGUCAACAUGGGAUUUCAAAAACAGAACCGCACUUCUCACCGUCGAGUUCAAGAUACAUUCUCCAGCAACCCCGCUAGCUCCGUCCUCUCAACCCGAUCCACCCUACACACUUCUCAUACACCGUAACAGCCUUGAGAAAUCGCUUCUUUCGAUCUUACAAACCCACGUAUGCGAACGCAGCAAGUCCAAGAAGGACAAGGCUCCCCCUUCAUGGGUCGCACCUCUCGUCUUCCCCGACACUGACGUACCCGACGGCUUUGUCCCACCAACUUGUGUCAUGCGCACUCCAAUAGACCCACUUGCCUCUCUCAGCGCUCAGUUCAAUACUUCCAUGCCUCGUCCGGGACAUAUUCUCUGCGCCGGAUACUACAAGCUCGAUCCAUCGCAACCACUGUCGUCUGUCCUCAAACACAAGAACUUCGUGGAGUUCCCGACCGUGGAGGUGUUUGAAGAUGGCGCAUUCCAAGGUACGAUUGUCGACGACCACGGAACAGUCCUGCGCGAUACGGAGGAAGAGCGCAGGCCAAAACGACGGAAGUUGAACGUCAAGGAGGGCAGGAAUGCAAUCAACGGACUUCUGGGAGGAUACGGGAGUGAAGAGGAGGGCACAACAGAGGAGCUUAAUGUGCUGGAUAUGCUGGGAGGAUACGCUGGAAGCGACGAUGAGGGUCCGGGAGAGGAUGGGCACGAGCAAGUGGACCGUGCUGGAGCAUUAGCAUUAAACGAGGGUUCAGCGGAGGAAGAGUUAUUCGACGAGGAUGCCGAGGGAGAGACAGAUGACGAGGUCGAAGGAGACGCACAAAACCUGGCAGCUUUGCUCGAGCAGCUACGACACGCUGGCGCCCUGCGCGAUCCCGCUGCGGACGGAGUUCUGUCACGCUUUAGUGAUGCCGACGAGCAAGUUGACUGGGGAGAGUCUGACGGAGACGAGGGAUGA